AUGACGAACCGCACAUCCACAUCCUCGACUCGCGCGUCGACUGGGACAGCUACGCUCCCCAUCUCGAGUACACCCAUGAGUACGCCCCCUCACACAAGCGCAGGCAGCGAUUCGACUCAGCCCCCCACGUCCACUCCCACCGCGCAAUCACAAUCCGGGAACGGCCUAUCCGGCUCGCAGAUCGGGGGCAUCGUCGGGGGCGUCCUCGCCGCCGCGGUGCUAGGCGGGCUCAUCGCGCUCAUCUUCUGGUUCCGGCGGAGACGUCGACGGUUGGCGGCCGCUCAGGAGGCGGGGGACCAACAACCCGCGCGGCAGGAUGGCGAGGAUGCGGCUGGGGGCGGUGGUGGUGGUACUGCGGUUUCUACUGUAGGAUCGGCGACGCGCGAAGAGGAUCAUGAUCCCGAGGGGAAGGAUGCUGCGGAGAUAGACGAAAAGAAAAUUCCCAUGCUGGGUGGGCGGAUGAUGCAGGAGAUGGAUGCGCAGGGGGGUGCGGCCGUGCAUAAGCUGGCGGUUCCGGUGGGCGGCAGCGCGCGUAAGCUGUCGGAGCUGCCGGGGUCGAUGGGGAGGAUGGCCGAGUUGCCUGGGUCCGAGGUGGAUACCAAGCGAUGA